CCCCCGGCGAACCUCCUCCCAACUCAGCUCCCGCCGAUUUUAAUGACCCUUCAAAGAAGGUAGACGGGAAGGUUGUAAUUUGGAGGAUUUGGUCUGACGGGCCACGCCCUUUCCUCGGCUUUUGGUCUAGCUAGGCCACGCCCACCACGGGGGAGCUCGUUCUAGAUCACGCCCCCUCUGAGCGCACAGUAGUAGAACCUAAAUGGAGGAGCAGUGAUCCUGGUGAAUUGAACCAGCGAAACUAACCCAGCGAAGGCCGUAGAGGGCCGUAUUUCACUUGCGUCGUCUGAGGUCGCCCCGCCCCGCCGUUUUCGCGGCGCCCUCUUGGUUUUGUGCCUGCGCGCGGCUCCCGCGAGCUCACAGGUUGGGCGAACACGCACGGAGUGGCCGGGGCGCGCAGAAGGGGAGGGGCAGGCAGCGUCAGGCGCGCGCCCGCCUGGAGUGACGCGAAGGGAGCAGGCGAGUCGGGAGGAUCGGGUGGGUAGAGCGGUGCGGUCAGGUUGUUUGGAGGGCUGUGCGUAAGGUCGCUCUGGGCAUGAGGGCGCUCAUCUCACUGGGCCACUCGGUUCUAGGAGCCGAUCCGGGGCAGCGGGCGGAGAACACCGGGUCACGCCGCUCCCGGGUAGUCUGUCCGCCAGCCCGUCUGCCCGCGCUUCGCGGGCCCUGCCGGUCAGGAUCAGAUCAACCAUUGACUUGCCCUCUAACAUAGUCAGCUGAAAGCGACUUCAAGUUUCUUCAGGAUGCCUGCGGCACUUGUGGAGAACAGCCAGGUCAUCUGUGAAGUCUGGGCCAGCAAUCUAGAAGAAGAGAUGAGGAAGAUCCGAGAAAUCGUGCUCAGUUACAGUUAUAUUGCCAUGGACACAGAAUUCCCAGGUGUUGUGGUGCGACCCAUUGGUGAAUUUCGUAGUUCCAUAGAUUACCAGUAUCAGCUUUUACGGUGCAAUGUUGACCUUUUAAAAAUUAUCCAGCUGGGCCUUACAUUCACGAAUGAGAAGGGAGAAUAUCCUUCUGGAAUCAACACUUGGCAGUUCAACUUCAAAUUCAACCUUACAGAGGACAUGUACUCCCAGGACUCCAUAGAUCUCCUUGCUAACUCAGGACUGCAGUUUCAGAAGCAUGAAGAGGAAGGGAUUGACACAUUGCACUUUGCAGAGCUGCUUAUGACAUCAGGGGUGGUCCUCUGUGACAAUGUCAAAUGGCUUUCAUUUCACAGUGGCUAUGAUUUUGGCUACAUGGUAAAGUUACUUACGGAUUCUCGUUUGCCAGAAGAGGAACACGAAUUCUUUCACAUUUUGAACCUUUUCUUCCCAUCCAUUUAUGAUGUGAAAUACCUGAUGAAAAGUUGCAAAAAUCUUAAGGGAGGUCUUCAGGAAGUUGCUGAUCAGUUGGAUUUGCAGAGAAUUGGAAGGCAGCACCAGGCAGGCUCAGACUCACUGCUAACGGGAAUGGCAUUCUUCAGGAUGAAAGAGUUGUUUUUUGAGGACAGUAUUGAUGAUGCCAAGUACUGUGGGCGGCUCUAUGGCCUAGGCACGGGAGUGGCCCAGAAGCAGAAUGAGGAUGUGGACUCUGCCCAGGAGAAGAUGAGCAUCCUGGCCAUCAUCAACAACAUGCAGCAGUGAUGGCGGCAAGGCUCUGCAGGGUGGGCCUGGUCCCAGAGUGGUGCUUCAUGUGCUGACUGUGUGUACUUAUCUUCCUGCCCAAGAGAAAAGGCUUCUUUUGAGCAAACUGUACCUACCAUCUGCGUUGACAGAAAGACUUUUGUUUUACUGAAGACAAAAGAUGUCUUUAUUUUAGAUCCAGAAGAACGGAGUUUGCUCUGAAUUUGUAAACACGUCUUCCCUAUUCCUCAUCCCUAAGCCUCUCUUCUCCAGUUGCCUCCUGCCACCAGCAUCCAUGGCUCAUUUGACACCUUCUAAAAUCCAGGACAAGUCAGAAACAAACUAGUAAAAUGUAUAUAACUCUUA